CUCGUCCUUCCCGCCUCAUCGAGUCUCCAACUUUUGGAUCUUUAUCGACCACCAGGGGGGAAAACGGUUGCUUGUUUUUCGCUCUUUCUUUUUCUUUCCAUUCUUCACGAUCCCUUUGGAAGGAUUUUUUUCUUUUCGGGCUUAUCUUUCGCCACUCUUUGCCUUCCGCAGAUCGCGCGGGCCGGAGAAAGCUGAUACCUCAUUGGUAAUUCCAUCUACAUAUUCAUCUAAAGGAAUAAAAGCGAGGUCGACCGAAUCCUCCACCUAUCAAUAUGGCGCCCAAGAAGAAGGGAAACAAGAGGCAAGAGGAGGACUGGGAAGCUGAGCUCGGCGAGUCCGUCCCUGCUCCCGGUGGCGAGGCCGAAGCUCCCGCUGCUGAAGAAGGUGCUGCCGACGAGGAUGCUGGCAUGGGCGGUGGUGGUUUGCUCGCCGCUUUGAGGAAGAACAAGAACAAGAAGGCGAAGAAGGGAAAGCCGGCCAACGACUUUGUUGAGGGUGAGGAUGCCACUCAGGAGGCCAACGGCGAUGCCGAUUUCGCUAGCAAGCAGCCUGAGGAGGGUACCUUCGAUGACGACGAUGUGUUCGCCGGAAAGGCUAAGCCUAAGAAGGCUGCUGCUGCGCCUGAGCCCAAGCCCGCUGAGGAGGAGGAGGGUGGCUUCCGUGUGAAGUCUAAGAAGGAGAAGGAGCGUGAGAAGAAGGAGCGUGAGAAGCAGCGUAAGAGGGAGCAGGCUGCCAAGAAGAAGACCACCGCCCCCGCUGAGAAGGCUCAGCCCGCUAAGGCCGAGCCUGCGAAGAAGGAAGAGGCUGCCCCCGCCCCCGCUGCUGCCCCCGUUCCGGAAACCGGCGGCAAGAAGAAGAAGAUUCCUGCACACCUGCUGGCUAUCCAGAAGCAACAGGAGGCUCUCCGCAAGCAGCGUGAAGAGGAGGAGCGCCUGUUAGCCGAGGCGCAAGCCGCUGAGGAGGAGAGACUCCGUCUUGAAGAGGAAGAGGAGAAGAAGCGGGAAGAGGCCCGCCAAAAGAAGAAGGAGAAGGAGAAGGAGAAGAAGGAGCAGCUUCGCAAGGAGGGUAAGCUUCUCACCAAGGCUCAGAGAGAAGCCAAGGAACGCAAUGAGCGGCGCAUGCAGCAGAUGCUUGCGGCUGGUAUCGGUAAGGUUGCUGGUCUGGAAGAGGGCCAGGCCGAGAAGAAGCGCCCUGUUUACGAGAACCGGAAGAAGCGUGGACCCAAGAAGCAGGAGGAUGACCUGGAAGCUGCUGCUGCCCGCGCCAAGGCCCAGCGUGAAGCUGAAGAGGAGCGCAGAAGAAAGGAGGAGGAAGAAAAGAAGGCCAAGGCUGAGGCUGAGGCUGCUGCUGCCGCCGCUGCCGCUGGCGGAGAGGAGAGCGAACUCGAUGACUGGGAGAAGGCUGCCGAUGCCGAGGAAGUGAAGGACAGCUGGGAUGCUCCUAGCGACGAGGAAGAGGAGAAGCCCGCCGCCAAUGGCAAGGCUGACGGGAAGCCUGCCGGCAAGCAGGCUGAGGAAGAGGAGAGUGAGGAUGAUUCCGAUGAGUCCUCUGACGAGGACUCUGAGGACGAGGAGCAGUCCGCGGCACAGAAGGCUAUUGCUCAGCGCAAGGCCGAGGCCGCCGAGCGGAGAAAGAAGCAGCAUGAAGAGGCUAUGGCUGCGCGCUCCAAGGACAACCUCCGUUCUCCUAUUUGCUGUAUUCUGGGUCACGUCGAUACCGGUAAGACCAAGUUGCUGGAUAAGAUUCGUCAGACAAACGUCCAGGAAGGUGAAGCUGGUGGUAUCACACAGCAGAUUGGUGCUACUUACUUCCCUGUCGAUGCUCUGCGUCAGAAGACUGCUGUUGUGAACAAGGAUGGCCAGUUUGACUUCAAGAUUCCUGGUCUGCUCAUCAUUGAUACCCCUGGUCACGAGUCCUUCUCCAACUUGCGUUCGAGAGGUUCCUCCCUUUGUAACAUUGCCAUCCUGGUUGUCGAUAUCAUGCACGGUCUUGAGCCCCAAACUCUUGAGUCCAUGAGGUUGCUCCGUGAUCGCCGUACUCCUUUCAUCGUCGCUCUGAACAAGAUCGAUCGUCUGUACGGCUGGAAGAAGAUCGACAACAACGGCUUCCAGGAGAGUUUGGCCUUGCAGAACAAGGGCGUUCAGAACGAGUUCCGCACCCGUUUGGAGCGCACCAAGGUCCUGUUCGCUGAGCAGGGUUUCAACUCCGAGCUGUUCUACGAGAACAAGUCCAUGGCCCGCAACGUCUCUCUCGUGCCCACCUCCGCCCACACCGGUGAAGGUAUCCCUGACAUGCUUAAGCUGUUGACCACUCUGACCCAGGAGCGUAUGACCAACUCUCUGAUGUACCUGUCCGAGGUUGAGUGUACUGUUCUUGAAGUUAAGGUCAUCGAGGGUCUCGGUACUACCAUUGACGUUGUCCUGUCGAACGGUAUCCUCCGCGAGGGUGAUCGAAUCGUGUUGUGUGGUCUAAACGGACCUAUAUCAACGAAUAUUCGAGCGUUGCUGACGCCGGCUCCUCUCAAGGAAUUGCGUCUCAAAUCGCAGUACGUGCACAACAAGGAGGUCAAGGCUGCCCUUGGUGUCAAGAUUGCCGCGAACGACCUUGAACAGGCCAUUGCCGGUUCUCGUUUGAUGGUUGUCGGACCGGAUGACGACGAGGAGGACAUUGAGGAGGAGGUCAUGUCCGAUCUGGAGAACCUGCUCAGCAAGGUCUCCAGGGACCAGCGUGGUGUCAGCGUGCAGGCCUCCACUCUUGGAUCUCUGGAAGCUCUGCUCGAGUUCCUCCGUGUCUCCAAGAUUCCCGUCGCCAACAUUUCUAUCGGUCCUGUGUACAAGCGUGAUGUCAUGAUGGCCGGUACCAUGUUGGAGAAGGCUAAGGAGUACGCCGUUAUGCUGUGUUUCGAUGUCAAGGUGGACAAGGAAGCAGCUGCCUAUGCUGAUGAAGUUGGCGUCAAGAUUUUCACUGCCGACAUUAUCUACCACCUGUUCGACGACUUCACCAAGCACAUGGCUGAGCUGACGGAGCGCCGCAAGGAGGAGAGCAAGAUGCUUGCUGUCUUCCCCUGCGUGCUCAAGACCGUGGCUGUUUUCAACAAGAAGGACCCCAUCGUCAUUGGUGUUGAUGUCGCGGAAGGAAGUCUGCGUCUGCACACUCCUAUUGCGGCUGUCAAGGCUAACCCUGAGACUGGCGCUAAGGAAAUUAUCGACCUUGGUAGAGUUGUCUCGAUUGAGCGUGAUCACAAGCCCAUCCAGGUCUGCAAGAGGGGUCAACCCUCCGUGGCCGUCAAGAUCGAGGGAAGCAACCAGCCCAUGUACGGUCGUCAGCUCGAAGACAAGGACACCCUGUACUCGCACAUCUCUCGUGCCAGUAUCGACACCCUCAAGGAGUUCUACCGCUCCGACGUCUCCAUGGAGGAGUGGGGUCUCGUCAAGAAGCUCAAGCCUGUCUUUGACAUCCCAUGAUCGCCUUACCCGUUCCUUCUGUAGCCCGGAUGCCGAACCUAGCCCUACGCAUGACCCAUGGAUCACAGACCCUGGGCACUCACUUGAGUACAGCGUGGCGGAGUUAUGGCGUUUGGAAACGGGCUCCAGCAUGCCAUUAACGUGGUAUUGUACAGCGGUUUCAAGUUCCAUUGCCGUGAUGAUGAGACAUGUGCUGCUUUAUGCGAGGAGAAUGAAAGGAAACGAUAGGUGCAUUCUUUGGAUUUGACGAAGAAAAGUAAAAGAGCAUUGCAUGAGAAAUGACUACGACUUUCAAUCAAAAGCAAGAUGCCUGUACAUGACAUGAAAGAGGGGGUGUGAAGAGAGAGGGGAGAAGGGAAGAGGUGGUUGGAAAAGUAAAGCGUGGUCGAUACCUAGGUUUUUGUUUUUCUGUUAAUGAUAAUCAUGGAUCUCUAGUUGAAUUGAAUGUUUGUUCGAC